AUGGUCAAGAUUGCAUAUUGGCUCGCCGGUCUGACCGUGCUACCACGUUGGGGCCCAGGGGGCAACUAUUAUGACUACAUCGUGAUCGGCAGCGGCCCUGGAGGAGGGCCACUCGCAAGUAAUCUGGCUCGAGCGGGCUAUUCAGUGCUGCUUGUUGAGGCCGGAAACGACCAAAGCUCGAAUGUCAACUCCGAGAUCGUCUCCUUCUUCCCGUUUGCCUACACAGAUCCGACUCUGCGCUGGGAUUUCUUUGUCCGCAACUUUGCCAAUAACACUAAAAAUCUCCAGCACAACCAGCUAAUAUGGCGCCGUCCAGACGGGUCAUUUUAUGCUGGACGUGACCCCCCAGCGGGAUCGACGUGUCUCGGUCUCUACUAUCCCCGUGGAGGGACACUGGGCGGCAGUUCAGCAGUCAACGCCAUGGCGACCAUGUAUCCCAGCGAAAGUGACUGGGAUCCUUCGCAUAUGCGCGAAAUCUUUGCGCGGAUAGAAAAGAACCACUAUCUCUCAGCAGAAACCCCAGGACACGGCUUUGAGGGGUAUCUGCACACGAUCAUGAGCAACGCCUCUUCCUGGGAAGGCCAAGAGGAUCUGAUGAAGGUGCUCGGAGUGGCAUCAGAGUACUUGGGGCAAAAACAGCAAAAGAUUCUUGAACAUCUGAUCGCAGAUCCAAACGCUCUGAUUCCGGCUCGUGAUCGAACAGAGGGAGUAUUUGGCCUAGCCGUGCAUGCGGAUACAAGAUGGCGGCGCUUCAGCUCCCGCGAUUACGUCCUCAAGACAGCCAACGCAGUUCUGCCCGAUGGUAACAAGAAAUACAGGCUCACAGUCCAACUGAACACGCUCGCUACUAAGCUUCUGUUUCAAGACGUGGGCCAUCCGAAAAAGAAGCCCAAAGCGAUUGGCAUCGAGUAUCUCAGAGGACAAAGCCUCUACAGCGCCGAUCCACGCUGGAAGUCGUCAAAUAAGGGCACGCCUGGCCGGGCAUACGCACGAAAAGAGGUCAUCCUGGCUGGCGGCACGUUCAACUCGCCACAGCUGCUCAAGUUAUCAGGAAUCGGCCCUGCGCCGGAACUGGCCAGGUUCAAAAUCAAGGUUGUCGCCAACCUGCCAGGCGUGGGAGCGAAUCUCCAAGAUAACUACGAAGUACCAAUCAUUGGCCAUGCAGCGCGGGACUUUCAACAACCAGCACCUGAUCUGAAUGCUCCCACAUGCAAUUUUGGUGCCCCCGACGACCCGUGUGUCGAUCUCUGGAGGCAAGGCAUAGGCCCGUACACUGCUGGAACGACAAUGAACAGCAUCUUUCGAAAGAGCGCCUAUCCAGCCCACGACGAGCGAGACUUUUUCCUGGUCGGAGGCACCUUUGCCAUCAGGGGCUUCUGGCCAUCGUUUGAUCUCAGGCCGUUGGAUCCGCCCAAGAUGUUUGCUUUGUCUACGGUCAAGAUAAACCCACAGAGCCGAGCUGGCACGGUCAAACUCAGGAGCACAGAUCCUAGGGAUACGCCAGAGAUCAAUUUUCACCUGUUUGAAGAGAACGAUGUAGGGGCAGAGUUGGAUCUCAAGGCAGAGCUCGACACUGUCAAGUGGGCACGACGAGUGUUUGCAAGUGUGCCGCCGCCCCUGGGCCCUUUGACGCCUGUUGAGCCCCCAUGUUUUGAGACGCCAGCUCCUGAUGGCAGCUGUGACGAUGAUUUGGACAAGGAGUGGAUCACGACGCAGAUAUUUGGCCAUCAUCCGACCAGCACGUGUGCCAUUGGCGCCGACAGCGACCCUCUGGCAGUUCUGGACUCCAAAUUCCGAGUGCGCGGCGUCAGGGGCCUUCGUGUCGUUGAUGCCAGCGCCUUUCCUCGGGUGCCAGGGCCAUUCCCGGUGCUGCCCACAUUCAUGCUCAGUGAAAAGGCAACAGAAAGUGUCUUGGAGGAUGCAGACCGUUGGUAG